AAUGCCGAUUUGGAUAUCCAAAAGAAUUACACAAUUCUACUAUUAUACAAUCCGAUGAUAAUAACCAACUAGAACUAUUAUUACAUCGUAAUGAUCCAUUACCCGUUCUUUCUCUUCAUGCUGCGCUCUCUUAUGUUGCAAAAUACGCCAGCAAAUCAGAACCACGUUCUAAGACAUUUGAUGAAAUAUUUUCUGAUUAUCUUAAUAGCACAAGACCCGAUAAACCAGCUUUAAAGCCAAUUCAGAAACUUUUAUUGCAUACAGUAUCUGAACGGGAUUUUUCUGCCCAAGAAACAUCACAUCUUCUUCUUAAGUUACCAUUAGUUGUAUCAUCUAGCGUCUUUUUAAUUCUUGAUCUUAGUGAAGAUGUUUGCUUUGGAUCAUUAUGGAAAGAUUAUUGUAGAUUAAAAGUUCUUUUCCAUAUUCCUCAUCAAAAUAUGUCUGACUUUGCUCAAGACAAUACUAACAUUGACUGGAUCGAAUUAUAUAAUCAGUUUUCUAAUGAAAUUGAACUUGAUGGAAAUGAUAUUCUCGAUCCAUGGAUACAAAUAGCUACAAACAAUUUACAAGCCAUAAAUGAUAGCCUUGGAGAAUGUUCUAUGGAUAUUAAUCAUGUGUGGACAGGAUCGUAUGAGGCAUUUCCAAAUCUCAGUGAAGCAGCAUCUUUUCUAGAACAAGCUAAACGUGACCAGAUUGAAACUGCAUUUUAUAAUAAUAGCGACGAAACUUUUAUUGAUCCUGCUACUUUAAAUAAAAAACAAAAGGAAAUUUAUGAUUAUGUAAUUUCUUAUUAUUCUACAGUUCUUACAAGUUCAACUGAUCAACCAAUUGAACCCUUAUGUGCUAUUGUUAUGGGCACAGCUGGUACAGGCAAAUCUUAUGUCAUCAAAGCUAUUCGUAAUCGCAUGAUUGAAUUAGCGCAAGAACAUAACAUUAAUCCAUAUGAAGAACCACCAAUAUUAGUUCUUGCACCUACAGGUGUUGCGGCAUUUAAUAUAAAUGGUUGUAUGAUUUAUUCAAGACUUUUCCUAUCUACCAAUAUUAAAAAUUUAGAACUCAAACCUGAAACUUUGAAAAAGCUUCAACAAAAAUUAAGAGGCAUUAAAGUUAUCAUUUUUGACAAAAAAAGCAUGAUCGAUCGUAGACUUCUUGCUGUAAUAGAUCAACGUUUACGUCAGGCUUUUCCACAAAAUCAGAAUAUGUUAUUCGGAGGUUGCUCAGUGUUAUUUUUUGGUGACUUUGGCCAGUUACCACCAGUUUUAGAUCUCCCUAUGUAUGCAUCAGAUUCUCGACCAAAUGAUUCCCUAUCAGAAGCAAAUGGACAAUCGAUGGAAGAUGAUUGGCAAUUGCUCAACUAUAGAAUUUAUUCAUUAGUACUUUCAGUGGAAAAAAAUAUAUUCGAAAAUGCAAUUCGAUUAUUUACUAAAUGGGAAAAAGUUCAUGAGUACAAGAUAAUGAAACUAAAACAACUCAAUUCACCUGUUGCUAAAAUAAAGGCCUUACAUACUGGUUCUGAAGCUAGAAGAGCACCUUCAGAUUUAACAAAUGGUCUUGAGCCAGUUUUAUUUCUAUCAGUUGGUGCUCGAUUGGUUAAUGGCGCAAUGGGUACAAUUAUUGAUAUCAUAUAUGAGCUUGGAAAGAAGCCACCUUUAUUGCCUACAUUAAUUCUGCUCAGAAUGGACAAUUAUACGGGACCAACUUUAUCUAUGUCAAAUAAUUUACGGGUGGUACCAAUUCGUCCAAUCAAAUAUACAUGGGAAGGAAAAUUAGGAAUCUGUUCUCGUAUGCAAUUUCCUUUGUGCCUUGCUUGGGCAAUUACUAUUCAUAAAUCGCAAGGCUUAACAUUAUCACAAUCCGUAAUAGAUAUUGGCGAUAAGGAAUUUGCUAUAGGUCUUACAUUUGUUGCUAUAUCAAGAGUUCGUGCCAUUGCUGAUCUUCUUUUUGGUAGUACUUUUCCUUAUAAUAGGUUACAAAAAUUGGGGGAAAGUGCACGUUUGCAACAGAGGUUAGCUGAAGAACAGAGAUUACUUUCUUUAUGA